UGUGGGGAGAGAGAGGCACUACUGCUCAAGUGAGUAGAGGAGGACAGGCUGAAAGUUUCCUGGGACUCUCUUUCUGGUGAACUGGAUCAAUGAUGGAAUUGCAAACAUUACAGGAGGCCCUGAAAGUGGAAAUACAAGUCCAUCAGAAACUUGUUGCCCAAAUGAAGCAGGAUCCACAGAACGCCGAUCUGAAGAAACAACUUCACGAGCUCCAGGCGAAAAUCACAGCUCUGAGUGAGAAACAGAAAAAAGUGGUGGAGCAGUUGAGGAAGGAGUUGCUGGUGAAACAGGAGCCUGACUUGAAGCUGCAGAUGCUCCCAGCGACUACAGACGGUGAAACGGUGCUUCUGACGCCCGCCUGUCCCGCUUCACAGCUAACCACAGGGCCUCCACACAACCAGGGGGCGCCACAGAAGACUCUCACCGUGACGCCGGUCAUAACUGCAAAGACUCUACCUCUCGUGCUGAAAGCUGCCACCUCCACCAUGCCUGCUUCCAUGGCAACACAACGCCCUACAGUCGCCAUGGUCACUGCCAUCAGCAACCCCCCGAGACCCGGCGCCAAUUCCGACUCCCAGAGCACACCAAUCAACCUUCAGGUGGCCAGCAAGCUACCCAAUCAGGAUACAGAUGCGGGCCCACGGAUCGUGUCCAAGAAUGUUAUUGUCGUGCAGGCCACCACCACCUCUGCCCAGCAUAUCAAAGUUCCCCAGUUUGUCCCUCCUCCUAGAUUGACGCCUCGACCCACCUAUCAGCCACAGGUUCGACCAAAACCCCCCACACCCAUCAAUGUGCCCAUCGCUCCGGCUCCUCCUCCCAUGGUGGCAGCUCCUCUAAUCCAGCGGCCCCUGAUGCUCACCACCAAGCUGACGUCAUCUCUUCCUGCCUCUGCCGGGCCCAUUCAUCAGGUGCACAUCGUGAACGGACAACAGUGUGCCACCAUUGACAAGACUACGACUGCAGUCACCAGUGGCACCACGCAAGUCACAGGCAUUGUCAUCAGUCCUGCUCAGACACUUCAGAUCAGCAACCUUAACUCAGACUUGAAGACUGUGAAACCACUGGGGGGACCAGUACAUGUGGUCUCAAGUACACCACCAUCAUCCUCUCCUCCUCCAGCUAAAAUCAAACGUGAGGAGAGCCCACAGAAGCUUGCCUUUAUGGUGUCUCUUGGGUUGGUGACAUAUGACCAUCUUGAAGAGAUUCAGAGCAGAAGACAAGAACGUAAGAGGAGAACAACAGCCAACCCAGUGUACAGUGGAGCAGUGUUUGAACCUGAGAGGAAAAAGAGUGCUGUCACUUACUUGAACACUCCACUGCAUCAAGGCACCCGGAAGAGAGGUCGCCCUCCCAAAUACAGCACCACCACAACCACCACCAUCAGCACAGCGGUGCCGGAGCUGGGCUGCAACCCCCUGCUCUCCCCCACCAGCAGCCUUCCCGUCUCCCCAGCCCCUGGGCGGCCUGACAUGGGGGGCUUUCCCCUCUCUCACCACCCUCAUUCUGUCCCCCAGCCCAGCCCCAGCUCCGGGGAUGGAGACAUCCAUGAGGAUUUCUGCACUGUGUGCAGACGCAGUGGACAGUUGCUCAUGUGUGACACAUGUUCGCGCGUCUACCAUCUCGACUGCUUGGACCCACCCCUCAAAAACAUUCCCAAAGGCAUGUGGAUCUGUCCUAAAUGUCAAGACCAGAUUCUGAAGAAGGAAGAGGCCAUUCCAUGGCCAGGAACCCUAGCAAUCGUCCAUUCCUACAUUGCUUACAAAGAAGCAAAAGAAGAAGAGAAGCAGAAGUUAAUGAAAUGGAGUGCUGAACUAAAGGUGGAACGAGAGCAACUAGAACAGAGAGUGAAACAGCUCAGCAAUUCUAUAACAAAAUGCAUGGAGACCAAGAACAGCAUACUUGCCCGUCAGAAGGAGAUGCAGGCCUCUCUGGACAAGGUAAAACACCUGGUCCACCUCAUCCAGAGCUUUAACUUGACUCAGCCCAUGGAGACAGACAUCCUACAGGAUUCUAAACAGGACUGCACAGAGUUAGGGAGCAUCAAAGACUCAAAGGAGGCUACACAAGUGUGUGUGCAGGAGAGUCCCACCGAGCCUAGUGUGCAAGCACCAGUCACCGUAGCAGUUCCCGAAGUGAAGGCAGAGCCAGAGGUGGGCGAAAUGGCAGAGCCAGCGGCCGCAGUCACACCUGAGGCUGCUUCAGGUGAAUCAGGUGUAAGUCUCCCGGAAGUUCCCAAAACCACAGUUGCCGAGGAGAUGAUAGAUACAGCAAAAAUGGCGGAGCCUGUGGAAUCACCUCAGGCCAGGGAUGUAAAGACUAAUGGAGGAACGGACUGUGUUUGUACCAUCUUGAACCAAGAAGAAGAGAAGUGUGCUGUCGAUGAUGCAGACUCUGAGAACAUCCCUCCCAAUGACAGCAGUUGUGUAGAGGAUGCUGGAAAGAUGGAAGUAGAGCUACAGGAAGAUGGAAGUCAUGGCGUGAACACCAACAACGGCAAAACCUCAGAACCUUCUCAGCAGGCUUUGCCAGCUCCUCUAAGCAGCAUGGAUAACCCCAAAUAGUUCUCAGUCUCACACUAAACACACUUACAUCACCAAAACAUUUAAACAGAUUUCCUAUUGCACCUUGGACUGGUGCACAAAGUUGCCAAUCUAUACGUAUAUAUAUAUAUAUUAUACAUAUAUAUAUAUAUAUAUAUAUUAUCUAUAUCCAAAUAAAUGUUUCGGGUUUUUUUCUUUCAUUUCCCUUUACUUUCUUUUUUUUUUUAAUGGUAAAACUGUGUCAACAGUACUUCUACAUCCAAGACAAAGUAGUCUUGUUUCUUGUAGACUAAUAGAGCCCAAUCUUGUGGGUGAAAAGGGUGAUUUACGAAAGAGAUGUCAUGCCAAUUAUUAGAUGAAAAAACAAAAAUAGUAGUUUAAUAACAUUAAUAAUAAUAAUUAUUAUUAUAAUGAUGAUGGUGAUAAAGAUGAUGGAUGAUUGAUCAGAUCAGACCAGUGUGUGCCUCCAACAUGGGGUUUGUUUCAUAGGUUGUCUUCUCCUCGAGAGGAAAAAGGCAGGGCAGACGUGUCCAAAGACUGCAUGACUAAGCCCACACCCUGUGCAUCUCCAGCCAGAGUGGACCGGCAAUACCAAAAGCUUCUCUUUCCAAACAUGACAAAAAAAAUCGACCCAUCAGUAUUUGCCAGUGACAUGGCAGAGGUUUAGAUUCCUGUUGUUGGCAUGGGUUAGACUAAAUCAGGACUGCUUAUAGCAACCCCUCCACUCUACAUCUUGUCUGCAUUUCCCAGUUACCUGUAGAAGUAUCCCGUCUCCAUGUCAUCUCAGGCUAAUCAGUGGUAGAGCGCAUGGCAAAGCCUCUCAAGAUCUUUUGACAAAGGGCUGGAAGAGGAAGCUACACCAGAAAUCACAUCUUGGUAACUGCAACAAAUCAUGUGUGAUAGAUUAGUCUGAAAAAUGGUGUUGGUUUUGUGUAUUGAAUGAGUCUCGUUCUAAAGUUAGUUUGUGUGUACUCAAUGCUGUUUGUGGAUCCCCCCCCCCCCCCCCCCGCGUUUUUAAGAAAACAUAUUCAGGUCUUCCUAGUCUUUGAUGAAUAAUAAGUGCUUUUCUGUUUCACGAACCAUUCAUUUGUUAUCAAUGGUGUUUAAAAUUGGCAUGAAUUAUGCAAGCAGCUUCCUCAAUCUCGAGAGAUGCACAUUGCAUAAAGAGUGUCUGUUUUUAUUUGAAUUCCGAACUGCCAAAUGCUUUUUCUUUUUUCUUUUUUUACUGAAAAUAAUGGAAAUAUCCUCUUACCGUGUGUUUAGUCAAGAAUAUAUUAGACUAUUCCCAUCCCUAUUUUUCCAAAAUCUUUUAUUUGUCUUUGAAAAAACAAUAAUGACUGUCACAAUUUGCUGUCUUAAACUUGAGGGUUUGAUGUAUGAGCCAAAUUGAGUAAUAAAGAAACUACAGAAAACCCUUCA